CGUGGAUGAUCUUGAUGCACCAUGUCUCGCCGUAAGAUCCGCAAUACCGCCGAAGAGACCCUGACUCCUCCUGACUCAUUGUCUGCCGGCCAGACCCUUGCCCGCAUCGUGAAAGCCCAAGGCAAAGACCUCUACUCGGUGCAGACUCCAGAUGGCACGAAUCUCCUGGUCGAACUCGAGGCGAAGUUUCGUGGCACCAUCUUUGUAAAAAGGGGCGGAUAUGUCCUCGUUGAUUCCUCCGCUACUGGCCGAGAGAACAAGAUUCAAGGAGAGAUCGUGAAUAUCGUCCGAGACGAGAGAACAUGGCGGAAACAACCAUACUGGCCCCCGCAGUUUGUCAAGAAGCCAGACCCGGUAGACAGCGACGAAGAGGAGUCAUUGGUCGGAAAGAUGCCACCAUCGGACAGUGAAGAAGAGGAAGGCUGAGAUACACAUGUCUGGACAAUACUUCACGCUCAUCUCGUCUUGCCUUGCAGCUUCGCAGGCCGGCUUAUGUGAUCCACCGGCGGAGCAACAAGGGCGCACAUCACCUGGAUUGCCAUUUCAAUCACCACCAAUGCCGAACUUAGAAAGGCCCUCCUCCCGCCCUCCACAAAAGAUAUGGAGUGGCCCAUCCCAGAUACGCGAAAAACUGGUAGUGCAGACUCCGAGCACACAACAUGCCAAUGACCAUACUUCCGAGGACGGCGUCCAUGACGAAAGUCGGAGCAAUCUUCCUUGACGCUAGGAUUGGCUCACUUUCUCCCGAGAACCAAACAUAUUCUCUGAAAAACUCAACCGGGUUUGAAGCACUUGGUUUUGUCCAUUUGGUCUGCAAGAACAGCAAGAGCAGAGAGACAUGGAUGAUCAGAAGACUGAUGGCGAACUGAGGAGACAAGAAGGCUUCUUCACCCACAAACCUCCAGUUGACUGUCCACUUGAAGAGGAAUUGUCUCCCAAGAUCGAACGCUCGCUGGAGAUAUUGAAGACCAGCGCCACCGGUGAUGAAGGGGAUGGCCAGGUUCACAUGGACCAGCAGGACGAAACAACCACAGAUCACGGCCCUCUUCGUCCCUUGGGCUUGUAAGAGGAUGAUUCCGAUAGCAGGCGCAGCUAAGAGAAUGGUCAUCUUGAUGCCCAGACCAAACGCCCAGACCAUAGCUCCUGCUGUCCACUUUCUUCGCUGUAGCAAGUAUAUGGCCGUCCACAGUGAUAGUGUCGCCCAACAAUCAUUGAACAGCCUCAAUAAGAAUAUAGAAUGCAUCCUCUUACUCAAAGCCAACGGCACCAGGAGCCAAGGCGGGGCUCCAACACGUCUGUAACAUGCGAGCACGACGGCAA